AUGGGGACACUAUGGUUUGGAGAAAUCAAGAAACAAGCCUCUUUGUUUCUUCAGGACAAGUACAAUGUUGCUAGACUUGUCCUCACCGAUGUUACCGAAGCUGAGCUGAUUAAAAACAGAUUAGGGAAAGGAGAAGGAGAGAUGAAGAAGUGGAGAGAAGCUUACAAGGCAAUGGUGUUGUUGGAGUUCUUAUUAACACAUGGUCCUCUUCAUUUGCCUCAUGAUUUUCUCUACGACUUGGAUCAUAUUCGUUUCCUCUCUACUUUUCAUUACGUUGACGAUAAAGGAUUUGAUUGGGGAGCUCAAGUACAGAAGAAGGCGCAUCAGAUUCAAACACUUCUUCUAGGGAAAGAAGAGCUUCGAGAAGCUCGUCUUAAAGCUCUCAAAAUCACUUCACAAAUCAAUGGAUUCGGAAACUCCAACAUCUUCUCUCCUUCGUCGGUCUCUUUCUCUCCCCGGAACCGGAAAUUCUCCGAUUUGACACCAACCGUGAGAGACGAUACUGUUUCCGAGUCCGAUUCGUUGAUCGGCGAUGACGAAGACGAGAGGAAUCGAGCCGCCGGUGAGGAGACGCUGAUCGGCGGAAUCUGCUCUAAGCUCGCCGGAUUUAGCCCUUUAAAGAAGCUUCACGGCGGUCCUACGGCGGCGGGAUUUCAUACUUUGUCGAACGUUGACAGAGUUUCCAGUGAAUGUUACGAUCGCCGGAAUUCUAUCGGCUACUGA